AUGAGCAUCAACAGAGAAUUGGGUCUCGACAGCCAGGACUCGCGUAAGUUGCUCCGCGAACCGGACCCCACAGACACGCUGAUAGCAGUAGUGCCCGUGGUCUCCAUUUCGGCCUCACAGUCUCUCAACGCCUCAGCAUCGUCCAGAACCCCCAUCAGCACAGGACUGACGCGUCUGGACGAGGCCCUUGAUGGUCUGGAUCAAGGGCGCGGGGGCAUCCUGCGCGGACAGGUGGCCGAGGCAUUCGGGCCACCAGGCGCGGGCAAGACCUCAUUUGCUCUCAAUAUUGCCGCGCAAGCAAUUCGUGAUGGUGGAAAGGUCGUUUGGAUCGACACGGGCUCGCCAUUACCCGCCCACAGAAUCCAGGCAAUGACAGCCAGCCUGGACAGCGUGAUUCAUUUCCGAGCCCAUACGCUCCCACAUCUCUUAGCACUUUUGAUGCGUCCACCCAAGGGGUUCCCGCCGGAAGAAACCUCCCUCAUUGUCAUCGACUCAGUCUCGUCUCUUUUCCCAUCUUACUUUCCCAAUGCCGCAGAGCUCAAGGAACGGCUGACCCAGGGCAAGAUUGCCGAUAAGGCCCAGCUGCAAUGGCUUCUGAAUCGGAAGUGGAAUGUCGCUAGCGAGUUGGCUACUCAUCUCGCACGUCUCGCAGCUCGCAAUAUUGCAGUGCUGGCUGUGAAUCAGACUCAUACUAAGAUCAAAGGCCAGCCACGUGCGACGCUGUAUCCUCUUGUAGCGGGCGGGGCCUGGGAGACUAAUGUCCAGACGCGCAUUGUUUUGUAUCGUGAUCUCCCAGACGCGAGGUUUGCCGAAGUUACCAAGCGGAGUGGGAAGACGUUACCAGUUCGAGUACCGGAGUUGAUCGUCCAAUUCCGGAUCGAGUCGAACGGCCUCCACGAGGUGGAAAGACAAAACGAAAUCAAAUCUCCCGACCCUACACCUAGUCGCAAGCGCAAAGCUGAGAAUGAAAUCGCCGAACAGUCAAGAUGA